AAAUAACUAAAGAUAAGUCAAUUUACUCAAUUUAAUAAUUAUUCUAAUAGGAAUUAUUGUCUCAAAAGAAAUAAGUGUUAUGUACAAUGUUGGCUUAAAUUGUGAACUAAAUAAUAUAAAGCAUUGAAAAAUUGUGUUUUCGAAAGUGAAACUUUAGUUUAAUCGCAUAAUAGAGACAAUAAGCGUUUAAACGAAACAUUAAAUCAAAAUCCAUAGCCAUUUAUUAUACCUAUCGAUGUUGUGGCUCACAUUCUAAUACAGGAACCACAUGAAUGUCGUUUGUCAGGGGCGACUGCUGAGUGCUGGUAGAAUCAAACGGAAAAGUAAAGGUCCACCUUCAGUCCUCACCUUCCGUCACCCGCAGCAUAGCACCGGCUCACCGGCGAUGAAGCUCCAGACGAUACUCCUGCUCCUGGCUUGCUUGGGGAUGGCAACGGCGGCGUCCACCCAAUCCACGUUCUGCGGCCGGCGCCUGUCCUCGGCCCUGGAGCUGAUCUGCGAGAGCGGCUGGCGCGCCGCCUCGCGCGCCGCGCAGCCGGCCGCCUUCGACGCGGGCGCCGCUGCCGCCGAGGGCGCCCGGAGCAAGCGCCACGUGGUGGCGGAGUGCUGCGAGCAGCCGUGCUCUCUGGAGCAGCUGAUGGCGUACUGCUGAGCGUCCCGUACAGUGUACUCGUACGUCGGCGGCGUUGCGUUCGUAUGACGCCGCUAAUAUAAAUGUAAUCAUUU